CCUCUCAGGGCAGCCAAACAUUCGACUGGGCGAGCAGACUAGGCAUUGCGGCCAGUGUAGCAGAGGCCUUAGCUUACAUGCAUGAAGGCCUUCAGAAUGAUGAUAUUCCUCAUGGAAACUUGAAAUCCACCAAUAUUUUGCUGAACGAAGACAUGGAAGCCUGUAUCAGCGAGUAUGGUCUAAUGGUCAACAAUCAAGACCAGUCAUUUGUUGUUCAAAGCGAUCAUAGCAUCAGAGAAGAUGAUUCGGUUGCAAUUAGUGCACGUAACGCUUUCAAGAUGGAUGUUUAUAGUUUUGGAGUGAUUCUUCUUGAAUUGCUCACAGGAAAGCCUGUUCAGGCUAGUGGAAAUGAUUUGGCUAGGUGGGUAAAUUCAGUGGUUAGAGAGGAAUGGACUGGGGAAGUUUUCGACAAGUCCCUUAUUAGAGAUGGUGCAAAUGAAGAAAGAAUGAUCAAUCUGUUGCAAGUUGCUCUCAAAUGCAUAAAUCCAUCACCAGAUGCAAGGCCAAACAUGAAGGAAGUUGCUUUAAUCAUCAAUUCUAUUAAGGAAGAUGACGAGAAAUCCUUGUCCAUAUUCAGCAGUGAGGUCUGA